CCUGUAACAGAUUUUAUUUAUAUAUUUUUAUAAAUUGUUUUAUUAUUAUAAUAAUAACCAACAUGAGCCAAACAUUGUGUAAUGGUUCAGGCGAGAAGCAAGUUCGCGUAUGGGUGGAUGGUUGUUUUGACAUGGUUCAUUUCGGUCAUGCGAAUUUGAUUCGCCAAGCCAAGCUGCUCGGAGACUACCUUAUUGUGGGUGUCCAUAGCGAUGAGGAAAUUACGAAACAUAAAGGUCCGCCUGUUUUUAACCAAGAGGAACGCUACAGAAUGGUCCGAGCAAUUAAAUGGGUUGACGAGAUCGUAGAAGGAGCCCCUUAUUGCACAACAAUUGAAACCUUGGACAAAUACAAUUGUGAUUUCGUUUGCCAUGGCGAUGAUAUUUCCGUAACUGCCGAUGGCAGUGAUGCGUAUCAAGAAGUAAAAGAUGCUGGUCGUUAUCGCGAAGUCAGUCGUACACAAGGUGUUUCUACGACUGAUAUUGUCGGUCGAAUGCUUCUUGUUACUAAAUCUCAUCACAAACGUGAGGGAGAAGAUUUACCAGACAAAGAACGAGUCCAUCAAAUACAAAAAGAUGCUUCCGGACACAGCCCUUGGACUGGCGUCUCACAAUUUCUUGCAACUACUAAAAGAAUCGUGCAGUUUUCAGGAGGACGUGAAGCAAAGCCUACAGAUAAGGUUAUCUACGUCGCUGGUGCCUUUGAUUGCUUCCAUAUCGGUCAUUUAACAUUUCUUGAAAAAGCAGCGACGUACGGAGAUUAUGUAAUCGUAGGAUUACACACUGAUACUGAAGUGAAUCGCUAUUGUGGAAGCAACUACCCGAUUAUGAAUCUUCACGAAAGAGUUUUGAGUGUCCUAGCAUGUCGUCAUGUCGAUGAGGUGGUGAUUGGAGCCCCUUAUACGGUUUCCAGAGAUAUCAUGGCUCAUUUCAAAGUCAAUCUUGUAAUUCAUGGAAAUAGCAAAGUAUAUGCUGAUUCAGUUGGUGGGGAUCCAUACGCGGAACCAAAAAAGCAAGAAAAGUUUCGUUUAAUUGGCACGGAAUCUACGCUGAACACAGCUGGUUUGGUGCAAAGAAUAAUAGAGCAUCGCCAGCUAUACGAAGCGCGGAAUUUGAAAAAAGAAAAAAAGGAAUUGGCAGUUUAUGAGGCUACUCGUCAAGAUCAAGGCUUCAAAGCUGUGUAGUUUCUGGAAUAAUUUAUUAUAGUCCUAUACUCAGUGAUUCCAAUACAAGGUGGUCGCUUGAAAAACUGAAAAUUUGUCAAAAAUUUAUCAGUCCCUGUGUCAGAUUUUAAAUUUUUAAAAGAAUAAUCACUUUUUCAAUCUGAAAGUGUUGGUUUCAAAAUAUAAAUCAAAUAAAACCUGGAACAAGUUAGAACCUAAAAGAAAUAAAAACGUAUUGAAAAAGAAUAGAGUGGGCUAGCAUUUAUUCAUGACCUCAUCUGACCUUCAAAUUUUCUGUUUUUCUAGCGAUCGCCCUGUAUUCCCUAUAUAAUUCCUUCACACAUAUUCUAUUGAACUAAUGCUUUUGUCAAAUGUCUAUGCAUCUGGAACAGAUAACUGGUUAAUUAAGUAUUGCCAUACCCAAUGUGCACUGCUAACUGGCAUUGGUUUAUCAUAUGAUAAGUCUUCUUGGCUUUCCACUAAAUAUUGAAAUCUCGUCCUAUUUAAAGAAGUACAUUUUGUUUCAACUCUAUUCUAAAAUCUUACGGUACUUUGGGAGGCCGUUAUUCGCUAUACGAUUAUGCGGUCUUAUCGACUUUUCUCUCCCUGGAAUAAAAUUGAUAACCCUAUUUGCUAUAUGAUUGAGCAAUCUUAUAAAUUUUUAUGGAAAUCAUUUUCUCUUUAUGACUAAGCUGUCUCGUCGACUCAGGAUAAGAAUGUAUUCUCUAUUCUGCCCCACAACAGGGAUGCUUUUGAAUGAAGGCUAUUCAAUUGAAGUGCAAUAUAUAGCGCAGAAGUAAAUAUAUUUAAAAAAUUUAUCUACGAUUAUUGAUUUGACUUUUUUUGACCAUAAAAUAUUUUAAAAGAUGUUUUCCAGUUUAACUCUUUCCACUUAGCUCUUUUUGAGCAUCUACCGAUAUCUAACGUGGGACUAUAUUUUGAUAAAACUGGAAUUUUUCAUAUCGACAACUGCCUAGUUUAUUUCACCCUGAAUAAGGUUGCAACAAAAUUAAGUCUAACACUUCGGCCACCAGACUGUUUCUUUGUCAACAAAUGUUUGUUUUUUCUUCAAUUUUAUCGACUAUGAUUCUUCAACAAUCUUUUUCAAAAGAGCUCAAUCAUUGACAGUUUGAAAUUUAUCAUAAAUUAUUUUAGCUUCGCUCUUAAAUUUUGAUAAUGUGAGAUUAGGCUUUGAAGUCUGGGAAACCAAUGUCCAACCUUGAUUCAAUGCUAUUAAAAAAUUCUCAUUUUCGACCAUGGUUCUCGACCUGUCGUACUUGAAAAUCCCCCUAGUGGUACGCGAGCAGCUUUGGAUUUCUGCAAGAAUUAAUUGCCUAAAUUAGGCCAGCAACGCUUUAUCUUCAUCUUCCAUAUUGUAUGUAUUCGGUGUUGAACGGUGUUUAAAGUGCUGCCGGUCCUUUUUAGCGAUCGCCCUCUUCUGUUCAGUUACGUGUCACCUCACAAAGGAUGUUUGGCCACAUUAUAAAUACUCCCAUGGCACGUCCUUUUGCCAUCCCGCCCCAAAAAAGGGGCUUUGUCAGUAAUAUGCGGCGAGUGAAAAACAGUAAAUUGGUUUGCAGUCUUUAAAAAGAUUGAGGACCACCUAUCUAUGAACUAUGAGAAAAAAAAAAUUUGAACGUAAAAAUGUCUGAAAAGAAUGUCAAAUUCAUGAAUUUUUGCGUUUCGUCGUAAAUGUGGACUCCUCAGCCUUGUAAUUAUAGAUCAACAAAUUCAUUUCGCAAACAGAAAAACUAUGGUAAAUUUCAGCUAUUCUUUAUGUUAUCGAAAUAUCAGACAUCAAGCCACACUGCACUAAAUUAGUGUUCCUUCUGUUCUUAGUGUUCCCUUUAUUGUUUUCAUUUAUUUAUGUCAUAUCGGUACGAAUCCUUUAUUAUUUAUUCAGAUUUAGUUACUGUUGUGUUGUUUGUAUAAUUUAUGUCGCACAUUAUGCAUGGUAUGUAGCAAAGUUCGCAGAUAUGCCUGUCAAGUGUAAGUUGUUGUUUUUUAAGCUUUAUCUUAACCAAGGGGCGUAAAACCUUUAAUACAGAAAGAAUAGAUAAAAUUAACUGUGUGAAACCGCGGCCACGCCUUUAUUUAACAUAGGCUUUCUAGUAAUUACAGGCACUGUUUGGGUAUUUUCACUUAUGACAUGCUCUGUUCACUUCGCACAAGCUAUCUGUUAGGUGUUAGCUGUUGUAACGUUAUUAGCAUUAACAAUAAAUUGGACUCGGGUAUAGUCUUUGCAACACCGCGGGAUUGGAGCGUACUGAAUUAAACUAAAUUAAAAACCAGUUUUUGCGCACCAUUUGAAAUUGGCAUCUCUCCACAUUUUUCUUCUUUUUUAAGAUUUCUUUGUUUUGAAUUUAUAAGAGUUUAAUUGUUUUAUUAAUCAAUGUUACUGUUGAAUUGAAAUAUAUAUUUGUAUGCAGAA